CAAUGCUUCUUAUUGACAGCAGCAAUAUUAAAAAUACAAAAAAUAAAAUUAAAUUUAAAAAAAUUCCACAAAACUUCUCGGUGCUAAACAAAUUUUACUUAAUUUUAUUUAUUUUAUUCUCAACUACAAUAUCAACUACCUCUUCUUCUUCAUCAUUUUUAUCUCAUUUUAAUUCUCCUUUUUCUUCUUCUCAAUUUACAGAAAAUUUACAAACUAAUUGUAUGUUUUUUAAAGGAGAAGAAUUGUUUAAAUAUGUAGUUUGA